AUGGAAUCAUAUCUCUUGGACCCAAGAUUCCCGGUACUAGAUGCCCAACUUGCGCCUUGGAUGGAAAGGAAGUUUGGGUCAUUCCAGGUCGCUGCUGCGGCUAUUGCGGAACUCCUUGCGACAGUCUUGAGCUUCUCCAUUAAUGAUGCUCCCGCCGCCGCAGCGUCCUGUGACGAGCGGCUGGCUGACCUGUCCGCCCUAUGA